CCGCAUUUCUUCAAUCAGCUAUCGUGCGGCCUCGAUCUCGUCUCUAUGGCCGGCGAAUGGCUCACCGCCACCGCCAACACAAACAUGUUCACCUACGAGAUCGCCCCGGUGUUCAUUCUCAUGGAGCACGUGGUGCUGCAAAAGAUGCGCGAGAUUAUCGGCUGGCCGAAUGGCGCCGGCGACUCGAUCCUCGCCCCCGGUGGAUCCAUCAGCAACCUUUACGCCUUCCUCGCCGCUCGCCACAAAAUGUUCCCCCAGUACAAGGAGCGUGGCCUCUCGGCUGUUGGCGGACAACUCGUCAUGUUCACCUCCGAUCAGUGCCAUUACUCGGUGAGGUCGUGCGCAUCGGUCUGCGGCCUGGGCACCGACAACUGCGUCAUGGUGCCGAGCGACGAGCGCGGACGCAUGAUACCCUGGCGACUCGAGGAGCUCAUACUCGAGCGCAAGGCCAAGAAUCACAUCCCCUUCUUUGUGAACGCGACCGCGGGCACGACCGUCAUCGGAGCCUUCGAUCCCAUAACGGAAAUUGCCGAUAUCUGCCAGAAAUACAAUUGCUGGCUGCACGUCGACGCUGCUUGGGGCGGUGGAUUGCUGCUCUCGAGGAAAUACCGACAUCCUAGGCUGACGGGAAUCGAAAGGGCUGAUUCGGUUACUUGGAAUCCUCAUAAACUGAUGGGUGCUCUAUUGCAGUGCUCUUCCAUUCAUUUUAAAGAAGAUGGCCUUCUAAUUAGCUGCAAUCAAAUGUCGGCUGAGUACCUGUUCAUGACGGACAAACUUUACGAUGUGAAAUACGACACGGGUGAUAAGGUAAUCCAAUGUGGCAGACAUAAUGACAUUUUCAAACUCUGGCUACAAUGGCGUGCUAAGGGCUCGGAAGGCUUCGAGAAGCACAUGGAUCGACUAAUGGAACUAACAGAAUAUAUGGUCCGUCGAAUUAAGCAAAUGCCAGACAAGUACUAUCUAAUACUCGAGCCGGAGCUCGUCAACUGCUGCUUCUGGUACUUACCGACACGACUACGAAACUGUCCCCACACACCUGAGAGAGAAAAGAUGCUAGGACAGAUCUGCCCGAUCUUGAAAGGCAGGAUGAUGGAGGUUGGCACUCUUAUGGUAGGAUAUCAACCAGAUGAUCGAAGACCCAAUUUCUUUAGAAAUAUUAUAUCGAGCGCCUCGGUCACGGAGGCCGACGUUGACUUUUUAUUAGCAGAAAUGGAUCGCUUAGGUCACGAUCUAUAAAUCCUGUAACUAAUACUUUGUUGCAUCAA